AUGCUCCAGCUGAUUGAUCUCAUCAAGAGGAUGCAGAAGUCCAAAGGAGUGAUGGACUCUCGUGUUGCAAAAAAAGGAAAAGAACCAGUGAAACGGAAGGCUGAACAUCAACCAGUGCGACGAACUAAGAAAGAACAGCCUGCUGCCAAAAAGCCCAAAGGACACGAAGAACGGAGGGCUCGAAGACCACCACCUACCCAGAAGCCCAAAGGACACGAAGAACGGAGGGCUCGAAGACCACCAGCUACCCAGAAGCCCAAAGGACACGAAGAACGGAGGGCUCGAAGACCACCAGCUACCCAGAAGCCCAAGGGACACGAAGAACGGAGGGCUCGAAGACCACCAGCAACCCAGAAGCCCAAAAGGCACGAUGAACGGAGGGCUCGAAGACCACCAGCUACCCAGAAGCCUAAAAGACACGAUGAACGGAGGGCUCAAAGACCACCAGCAACCCAGAAGCCUAAAAGACACGAUGAACGGAGGGCUCAAAGAGCACCUUUCAAAGAAACCCCUCCAGAACACAAUAAACGGAAGGCAGCCAAACCACCUGUUAGGCCGAAGAUAUGGCAGGAGGUACUGGAAGAAAGAGACGAACUGGUCUUUGCGCUGAUGGAGCAGAUGGAGUACUUGUCUCCAGUCUCUAAAAAUGUCUUGUUCAUAAACCACUUAGACAAACACAUCUAUGAACUUGAAGCGGCUACAAAAGACCAUUUGGAAAAGGUGAUUACAAGAGUCAAGCAGUGCCGCUGCCAAGAGUUAGUUCCGGAGAGACAAAAAAAGCCGCGCCUUGGCCGGAGGAAGUUAAAAAAGUUGCUGGCAGAACGGAGACUUUUAUUGGCUGCGCUGUAUUUACAAGUAGAAGGCAUUGAUCCAGAGGAGGAGAACCUCUCUAUCAUAUAUCACCUGGAUGGUCACAUACUGGACCUCCUUCUGGCUGGAACAGGCGCGAUGGCAGCAGUCAUAGCAGAGACCAAGAACUGCCAAUGUCAAGCCUACGAAGGACAAGAGAAGAAGAAAUGGAAGAAAGUGAGGGAACAGAAGGACGACUUAAUCUACGAUCUGAUGGUCCGGAUAGAAAGAAAGGAGCCAGUCUCGGCAUAUCUCCCGGUGAUAAAUCACCUGGAACAUCACAUCUUGGACCUGGAAAGGGCAGCAGCACAUGAGCUCAAAGCUGUGAUGAAGAGUAUAAAAAAAUGCUCAUGUCAAGCUGCACUGCCCAAGAAAUUCCAGAAAGAUCGGGAGAAGAAGCCGUCCUUUGGGAUGAUGAGUUGGAUGAACGUUCUGAGAGAAAGAGAUAAUCUAAUGGAGAAAUUAUCAGAACAAUUAAAAGAUGGGGACGACUUCACACUGAGGGGACACUAUGAGAACCACCUGUGGCUCCUCCAGCGAGCAAAAGUAGGAGACAUUGAGUUCCUUCUGGAAAAGGUGCGAAACUGUUGGUGCCAGAAUCCAUGGGAAGAUGGAACUUAUGAACAAGAAAGCACCACUCAAGAAACGGAAAGCGUCAUAGAAUAUUCCUCCUCAUAUGGAUUUGAAGAUAUUCCAGACGACAGAGGCGAAUAUUCGCCUUCUCGUGAAAGUUCGCUCGAUUAUUGGUUUGAAGACGUUCCAGGGGACAGAAACGAAUUUUCGUCCUCUUAUGAAGACUCCUCCCAUUACUCUCUUGCCACCAUCGUCGAACAGCUAGUCCAACAGCAAUUGCAAGAGGAAAAGAACACCCUCGUGGACGAGAUGAAACGGAACGACGAAGCGAGAGAGCUUUUAAUGAAUGAGAGACGUGCUCUCGAUGCGGAAAGAGAACUCUUCUACCAGGAAAAGGCAGAGCUCGACAUUGUGCGACAGCAGUUCCAUGAAGAGAAGACUGCCUUUCAGGUGGAACUCGCUCAAAGGGGGGCCGUGGAUUUGGAUAGGGAAGCCCUCAAAAGAGAGAUGGAAACUUUCUGCAUAGAAUUCGUUGAAUGGAGAGAAGAGCUGAGAAGAGAGAGAGAGAAGCUUCUCAGGAAUCAAGAGAGGCUCGUCCAGGACGAACUGAACUUGAAAUUGGAGAGGGAAGCCCUGCAGAAUGAGAAGAGUCUCUUCGCUACCCACCUCAUACAAAUGAGAGGAGACCUGAUGAAGGAAAAAGAGGACCUCAUCAUCGCCCAGGAGAAGCUGAGGCUAGACAUUGAAGCCUUCACCAGAGAGAAAGAAGAAUUCGAUCAAGUCUCUCGAAGACGACAUGGCUUACAAGAAAGGAAAGACGAACAGGAAAAGGAUUCGAGACUCGAAGAAAAAAUUCAGGAUAUAAACCGUAGAACACUCGGCACCCAAACAAAGAGACGGAGGAAAGACAUGGCUCAGGACAUGACGGAGGAAUUCAGAACUCAUGAAUCUUUACAAAACACAAGAACGGAGGAUGCCAGCGAAGAGGAGGUUAAUGCAAGCACGAAGUCUACUACAGCUGACAAACUUCCGAAGACGGAAACUCGAGGAGAAAAAUACACCGUCGAAAGAUACUCAAAUAAUUCGUCCGUAGACAGUCAGCUGGAAAUAGUGAUCGACGAACUUCGUAGAAUCUGCGAGAAAUUAACCCUAAUGGACAGCCAAUAA